AAUAUGCAUACAUGCAAGCUAAAGAGCCACGAAUAAGAUUUAAGCAUUAGGCUUCGAUUAAGGUGUGUCGUUGUAUAUAAACUGUUGCUCGCAUUCAUUCGGACAUCACCCACCUUCAUCUCAUCUUCAAUUCGCUCAAGAUGGUAUGGCCAUUCAAUUCAAAUGCAUCACUCAUUCGUUCAAGACAUGCUGAACGUGAUGCUUUAAUCGAAGAAGCUCGUAAGAUCCUAUCCGAACAAUAUACUCCAAACAAUGCGAGUAUAAGUACAUCGAUUUUAUCGAGCAAUAUUGAAGAUUUGGUAAAAGGCAUAGAACAAAAGAAAUGGACAAGUACGAUAAUCGUUCAAACUUUUAUUCGACAAGCAAUCAUCGCACAUGAACAAACGAAUUGUUUAACAGAGGUAAACUUUCAACAAGCUCUAGAACGAGCAGAAGAGUUAGAUAAUGAAUUUGCAAAGAAUGGAAAACUUGUCGGUCCUUUGCAUGGUAUACCAUUCUCACUAAAAGAUCAAUAUCACUUGCAAGGCAAACGAUCGGCUACAGGUUAUUCGGAAUGGCUAAAGAAAGAACCUCAAUCGGAAUCAGCUGCCAUUGCAAGGAUUGCGUUUAGCUUGGGUGGUGUUUGUAUCGCAAAGACAAACGUUCCACAAACGAUGUUGAACUUUGAAUGUAGAAAUCCAGCAUGGGGUCAAACAACAAAUCCGUAUAGUUCAGCACAUACCUGUGGUGGUAGUUCAGGAGGUGAAGCAGCAUUGUUGUCCAUCGGUGGUUCAGCAUUUGGUAUUGGAUCGGACAUUGGUGGUAGCUUACGUAUCCCUACAUCGUAUUGCGGUAUUUAUGCUUUAAAGACUACAAACGGUCGUACAUGGCCAAGAGCGGGUAGUAUUGAAUUUGGGCCCUCUCCUACCCCGAUCAAGUCUGUCGCUGGUCCAAUGUGCAGAAGCGUGCAGGAUUUGGAUCUUUUGGUACGCCUGUUCACCAAAACGAUGAACCCUCCUAUGAACGAGAUUGAAGAACGUGCAGUCUCUUUCCGUGAUGUUCAAAGAUCAUACGGAAUGGAAAUCUUACCUUACAUGCCUUUACAAGAAUCUUGGUUAGAUCCUUUGCAAGCAGCAGAAAAGCGAUCAAAGAGUGGAGGAGAAAAGACGAUCCGUAUUGGCUGGUAUGCCUGUGAUGGAUACAUCAAACAAACACCAGUCAGUCUACGAUCGAUGGAAAUCGUCACAGAUGCAUUGCGGAACCAUGUUGAUACGUCAAACAACAAAGGUGUCAAUAUAGAAUUGAUCGAAUUGCAACCAAGUGAAUUGCAAAGCUUUGAUACAUUCAAAACCUUUGUCGGAUUAACGUCUAUUACCCGAUACGAUUUCCUCAAACGCCAUUUGGGCGCAGAUUGGAUCGAUCGUGCGUUAUGGGUAGCAUUGAUUCUACCAAACCAUUCAUUCAUUCGAGCACUGAUAGGAUCUAUUGCUCGUUGGGUCUUACGUGAUCCUUAUCCAAGUCAAUUCCUGAACAACAUCGCAAAUGAUUCAGCAAGAAAGUUUGUCGAACAUGAACAUCAACGUGAAAGAUUGGUGAAAGAUUUCGAAAAGCGAGUAUGGAAUUCACAUAAUUUGGACGCAAUCGUUUGUCCUGUUCAAGCAACUUCUGCUUUACCGCAUUAUGGUUCUACCCUUUUGGCUCCUUUGGCUUCAGCAACGAUUUUGUAUAACGUUUUAAGAAAUCCUGCAACCGUUGUUCCAGUCACAAGGGUUGACAAGAAUUUGGAUGACGUCAAAAGUUCUGCAUCUGUUAAACAAAAAUGGAACGGACAAAAAGAUGAAAAGAAAACGUCAAAUAUGGUUGCUUCGGAUCUUGCUAAACGAUUUAAUGCAAAAGAUUCUCAUGGUUUACCUUUUGCCGUUCAAGUUGUCACACGUGAAUUUGAAGAUGAAAAAGCUGUUGGAUUCGCAAGACUUUUGGAUGAUGCUUUAGCAAAACGUGAUUCAGCUCAUCGUAAAGAAUUCGGUCCUGGUGCAUGGCAAAGGUGGAACACAAAGAAUGACCUGAAUAAGUAGUCCGGCUAAAAGCCCAAUAGAUCCCAUUACAUAUUUAUUUAUAUAUACAUAUUUUUCCUAUACAUGGUAUCGUUGCCUUUAAUCAAAAGCUCUCCUCGCAGAGGAGAGUGACUUAUUGCCGUUGUGAGCCAUAAGCAAAACCACCUUGCUGAUACUCUGAAACAGGCGAAGAAAGAGAAAGACUUGGUCUACCGCUACUUCCACUUCUGGCAGACCUACGUUGUAAAUGAGAACCUUGAGAGCUUUGCAUUAAAUGGGAUUUUGCCGAUUCGGCACGUAAAGAUGGUGUAUCUGCACUAUAAGAAGAUUGCAUGAUUGGCGUUGCAGGUGAAUUUGAUCUUUCCGAACUUGAAAGUUCGUCUUCACCGUGCGAGCCAAUGUCAGAUCUUUGUUGUAAUUUACCAUCAAUGAUUGCCGAUCUACGAAUCUUCAUUACUGAUCGCAAUUCGCUCAUCAUUCCAUUUGU